UAGUUACAUGGAGAAAUGUGCAGGACCCUUUCCUCAAUUUAUUGCAAAAUACUGCCAAUUUUCCCUUCGUUGGAAGCAGCUCAGCCUAGAAGCAAAUCUGGGAUUCAAGCUUUAUGUUCAUUGCAUGUAGCACUUGAGAAGGCCAAGAAUGUUCUUCAACAUUGCUCUGAGUGUAGUAAACUUUACUUGGCUAUAACAGGAGAUUCUGUGCUUACAAAAUUGGAGAAGGCAAGAUAUGCUCUUGAAGAUAGUCUUAGGCGUGUUGAAGACAUUGUUCCACAAUCUAUUGGUUGUCAGAUUCAAGAGAUUGUUGGUGAACUUGAGGGUACUUCAUUCUCGCUUGAUCCCUUGGAGAAACAAGUAGGUGAUGAUAUAAUUGCACUGCUUCAGCAGGGGAGAAAAUUUGACAACUGUAGUGACAGUAAUGAGUUGGAAUCAUUUCAUCAGGCUGCUACUAAGCUUGGAAUUACCUCUUCCAGGGCAGCUCUUACAGAGAGAAGAGCUUUGAAAAAACUAAUAGAAAGAGCUCGUGCUGAGGAGGAUAAACGGAAAGAGUCUAUUGUGGCUUAUCUUUUACAUCUUAUGAGAAAAUACUCCAAGUUGUUUAGAAGCGAAUUCUCAGAUGACAAUGAUUCUCAGGGUUCUGCGCCAUGUUCUCCCACUGUCCAGGGUUCUAUUGAUAUUGUGGAGCCUGGGGGAAAUGGUCACGCCUUUGAUCGACAGUUAUCAAAACUCAGUUCUUUCAACUUCAAGCCAAACAAUAGGAGAUCAGGACAGACGCCUCUUCCACCAGAAGAAUUGAGGUGUCCAAUAUCUCUGCGGCUUAUGUAUGAUCCAGUCAUCAUUGCUUCUGGUCAAACAUAUGAAAUGAUUUGCAUUGAAAAAUGGUUCAGUGAUGGGCAUAAUACCUGCCCAAAAAGUCAACAAAAGCUUUCUCAUCUUUCUUUGACUCCCAAUCACUGUGUCAAGGGUCUUGUUGCUAGUUGGUGUGAUCAGAAUGGAGUUUGUGUUCCCGAUGGUCCUCCAGAGUCUCUUGAUCUUAACUAUUGGAGGUUAGCUCUAUCCGAGUCUGAGACCACAAAUUCAAAAUCUAUGGGUAGUUUUAACUCUUGCAAGUUUAAGGGGGUUAAGGUGGUUCCUUUGGAAGAAAGUGGUACUUUAGGUGAGGCUGAUGGAAAUGAAACUGAAAAUGUUUGUCCACUAGAGGGAGAGUCUGAGCUCAAUGUGCCUGAAAGUUAUCAGGACUUUUUGACUGUCUUGAAUGAAGGAGAAGACAUGAGGAUAAAGUGCAAAGUGGUGGACAAAUUAAGGCUCUUGCUGAAGGAUGAUGAAGAAGCUAGGAUUUAUAUAGGAGCUAAUGGGUUUGUUGAAGCACUUAUGCAGUUUCUCAACUUAGCUGUGCGGGUAGGAAAUGAUGUUGCCCAGGAAAGUGGAGCAAUGGCUCUUUUCAACCUUGCUGUCAACAAUAACAGAAACAAGGAAAUGAUGCUGGGGGGUGGUAUAAUUUCAUUACUGGAGGAAAUGAUCUCCUCUACCAAUUCUCAUGGUUUUGCCACAGCACUAUAUUUGAAUCCUUCCUGCCUUGAAGAAGCCAAACCUAUCAUUGGGUCAUCUCAGGCUGUUCCUUUCUUAACUCAGCUCCUUCAAACUAAUACUGAUGUUCAGUGCAAGCUUGAUGCCCUCCAUGCCCUGUACAACCUGUCUAGUGUGCCUGCCAAUAUCCCAAAUCUACUUUCAUCUGGCAUUAUCAGUAACCUUGAAUCCCUUGCAGCCUCUGCUGACAGCACAUGGACAGAAAAGUGCUUAGCAGUAUUUUUAAAUUUGGCUUCGAGUCAAUCAGGACAAGAUGAGAUGGUGUCAACGCCAGGCAUUAUUGGUGUACUUGCAACGAUGUUGGAUGCUGGCGAACCCAGUGAGCAAGAACAAGCUGUAUGCUGUCUGUUACUUUUAUGUAAUGGGAAUGAUAAAUGCUGUCAAAUGGUCUUACAAGAAGGUGUAAUACCAGGACUAGUUUCGAUUUCAGUUAAUGGGACCACGAGAGGAAAAGAUAAGGCACAGAAACUUCUCAUGUUGUUUCGUGAACAACGACAGCGAGACCAAGUCCAAUCAUCUCCAGACGAGGAGGAAGAGCAAAUGCCUUCCGAAAGUAGUGAGAUGUCUAUGCCGCCAGCUCCCGAAUCCAAGCCUUAUUGUAAAUCCAUUUCAAGAAGAAAGAUGGGCAAAGCUUUCAGCUUUCUGUGGAAGACCAAGAGCUACUCUGUCUCCCAGUGUUAAACCUCACGGUGUUGUAAAUUUUAGUUGUAUCAACUUCUUUCUUUUGUCCUCUUCUUAAGGGCAUUACUAUUUUUUGCUUUUCAAAGAGAAGAAUGUACAGGCCCCUGUAAUUUAUGAGUUUUUGUUUCUUUA